AUGGACGAGCUCCAGAAGAAGUUCGAUGAAAGGGACGGGUCCUCAGAGUCCAAUGACAUACUGUCCACCCCGUUCGUGAGUUCUAUCAUGGAGGAACCCUUGCCCAAGGAUUUCCGUUUCCCCACCGUCAAAGCGUACUCGGGGACCACAGACCCGCGGUCGCACCUCACCAGGGGAUCCAUCUCCACCUUCAAGGACCUAACCAAGCAGUUCCUGUUCCACUUCGCCACCAGCAUACCAAGGAAGAAGCAGAUUGUCGACCUGUGCGACCUGAAACAGAAGAGCUCGGAGUCAUUAGCCGAGUAUCUCAAUAAGUGGAAGAAAGAAGUCAUGGGAGUCGCCAACUUUGAUGGUAAGUCGGCUAUACCAAUUUUCAGGAACAAUGUGAGGUCGGGUGCUUUCCACCAGGAUCUCAUCCGGUACCCCCCGAAGAACUAUGCCGACCUGAUGGACAGGGCGGCCAGAUAUGCUGACGCCGAAGCUGCCGAGAAGAGAAAAAGGGAGCAGGAAGAAGGGAGAGGUAGGAAGGACAAGGCCCCCCAGGAGGAACGCGGCAGGGCAUCUCGGCAGCAUCGUCGCGACUACGCCGAGGGGCCCAGGCUGAACCCCACACGUUUCCUUACCCCGCUGACGCACCCCGUGAGUGUCAUCCUAGCCCACGCGGAGGACCAGGGGAUCGUCGAGUUCCCAAAUGAGGAGUGCAUGAAGAUCUCGGCGAAGGGCGACCCCAAGAAGUACUGCCGGUUCCAUCGUCAAAAGGGUCACGACACGGAUGAGUGCAUCCUCAUGAAGAAGCAAAUUGAGGAGCUCAUCCAAAUGGGUUACCUGGGCCACUUCAUUAAACGGCCCAGCCAACCCCAAGGCCAGGGCCGGGACAAUGUAUGGAAGAAAGGGAGUGGUGGCUCCGCGCCACCCAACCCGGCACCCCGCAAGAGAGAGCACGACCAAAGCUCUGAAGAGGACGACAAGACGACAGAAGACUCCCAGCCCCCAAAGAAGCGGUCCAUUUAUGCCAUUUUUGGAGGACCCGAGGGUGGCGACACCCAAGCCGAACGGAAGAAGUGGGCGAAGAGUCUAUACGUUGGGGAGGUGACACAAGCCCCACGGGAGAAGAAGCUACGAAGGAAACCCAUCACCUUCACCGAUGACGACCUGCGGGAUGGUUCCCUACCACACCGAGAUGCCCUGGUGAUCAAGUUGGACGUCAACAACGUGGUGGUGCACCGAGUGCUCGUAGACACGGGAAGCUCGGUAAAUGUCAUGUACUACGACACGUUCAUCCAACUCGGCCUCCCAAGGGACCAGCUGGAGCAGGUUAGAACCCCCCUAUCCGGGUUCACGGGGGACUCGAUCGAAACAGAGAGAUCGAUUAGCCUGGAUGUGGAGAUAGGCACCUCACCUCACCUCAAGUAG